AUGAAUACGAUCUGCCAUAGCGAACAUAAAGUGAAAAUAUUAUGUAAUAGCUCGGUGCACUACUUUCGCGCACCAAAAAUGGAAAUAUUACGUAAGAUGUAUAUUUUAAAGCCCGACAUUGGUGCGGGAACGACAGUCGCUUUAAAACCCGUCAUUGACAUGAUUUUUUUAAGCUUUGUGUUUGAAACUAAUUUUUUUGCGGAGAUGCUGUCCAGAAUAACAAGAACAGGAUUACGUAUACCCACUGCUGUAUUCACGAAAAGGUUAUUUCACCGGAGCAUACUCUCCUCUUCUGAGAAAAUCACCGAUACAACAGUAGAGGAUGCAAAAGGAGGACGCGCCAAUGAAAUCAUUGAAGCCGUCUUGUAUGGUUCUAAAAAGAUCAAGGAGGAGGAGCGUCAAACCCAUUCCAAAGUUUUGGCAAGAGGAAAAUACGUGCAUGAAUUACAAGUUCAUAAAGUCAAGCCUGACAAAGUGGAUGAGUAUAUUUCUCUAUUAUCCAAACACCUCCCCAAAAUAGCCAAUGAUCCGUCCAACGAUGUCAACUUAUGCGGCAGUUGGUCUAUCGAGAUUGGAGAACUCGACACCUUUGUUCAUAUUUGGGAAUAUAAAGGUUAUCCAGGCCACCAGCAAACCUAUGAAAAAUUAGCUGCAGAUCCCGACUAUAAAGAAUUCAUGAACAAACUUAGACCUCUUUUGAUUUCUCGUGAGAAUAACAUGAUGUUAGAAUUCUCCUUCUGGCAAACUUCUCCACCUAAAAUUACAAACGGGAUAUUUGAACUUCGAAAAUACAACUUGAAACCCGGAAGAUUGUUAGAGUGGGAAAUGAAUUGGAGAAAAGGAUUGGAAUGUCGUAAGCAGUUUUGUGAGCCCGUGGGAGCUUGGUUUACGCAACUGGGUGAAUUAAACACGGUUUAUCACAUGUGGACUUAUCCUGACCUACAAACACGGAAAACAACCAGAGAAGAUGCCUGGAAUACAGAAGGCUGGCCAGAGACCGUUUACAAAACUGUCCGUUUAGUUGAUAACAUGAACUCUUUUAUCUUGAAACCUUUAUCUUUUAGUCCUUUACGUUAAAACAAAUUUUUAUUUUUUAAACACUUUUUGCAAAACAUAAAGUAGCGUUAGUACCACCAAACCCAAAAC